AUGGGCCAGGCAGCCAUAUCCCACUGCGGGCACUAUGUGGCUCUAGCUGAAUCAGCAGCUGUCUCGAUCCAUAGAAUACUGCCCUCCUUUCAGCUACGGCAUUUCGACCUCGAUCGAGAUAUACGCAGACAUUACAAUCUAAGCUUGUUGAUAGGCCUAAAUAUAAGCAUAACAGGAAUAUAUUGGGAAAGUGUUAAAUCGUCGGAACAGUCCACAAAGUUGGCGGUGUCAAUAAAUGCUAAAGAUAUUUAUGGUGUUCUUAUCUACGACUUCAGGCCCAAUGCUCUGAACCCAGUUGUGAUCGAGCUGGAGUCGGCAAUUGAAUCUGUAAGCUGGCUCCUUGGUGUCUCAAAGGAGGGAAGCGCCUAUAAGAACUGCUCACAGCUUGUGCUAUUCGAUCACCUAAGAUUGGAGGCUCGUGUAUACUCUCUCGAUUGCACUCGUAUGCUAUUUACAAUACCCAAGCCAGUGGCAUCGUCUGUCAUCAUGAGACCCCAUAAUGACCAAUUUUGGUCUAUUCUACUGAUCCCAUACUUCUCAAAGAAUCUGACAUCGAGAUCAAUUCUGGUGGAUCUCCAAGCAGACAAUCACCCCUAUUUGCUUCACUUCAAGAAUACGGGAUCCAGGAGUACACUUUUGGCGUCACUUGCACUAGAUCACCAGCCUUCACUGUCAGCUGAAAUCAAGUGGGAUCCAACAGGAAACUGGAUAUCCUUCUUUGACUCAAACGAUUCGAUAUUUGGAUACUCACUACGAGUAUACAAUACCUUGGCUCUUCAUGGAAACAGUAUUGAUGACUUGGCUGAUCACAUGGCUCAAGCAACGCUUUAUCAUACACAUGAUAAAAAGAAUGGGUGGUUAUCGCUGUGGUUAGUUCUAGAUGGUCUAUUGUUUAUUGCGGCGACGCCAACAAAUUCGUCCAAAUCACUUGAAAUUAGAAUUCACAGUCUCAGCUUUUUGUCUAUUCGCUACUCAGUUACCGUAAAUGUGGGAAAGUCAGAAAACGUAUGGGUACAAGAAAGCUCAGAUGAGCAAGCCUCGUACAGAAGGACAGAUGUGUGUCCUGAAGACUCAUUUAAAUGGAGUAAUUUCAAGGACUCCGGAGACAGGUCGGUGCUAACUUCAGAUAACUCUGUGUUAAUUUUACGAAGACAGCAUCACGAUGCUAUCGUGAAAUUCGAGCCCGAGGCAUUUAUAUCGUCAGUGCGUUGUCUAGAUGUGCAAUUUUUCAACAAUUCUGUCGCUCUCCUAUUUCACGAUCACGUUGCAUUAUACGAGAACGAGACACUUUCUAUCAAAGCCACGAGCAGGUACUCGUUGGUAGAAUUAAAAAUUACAGAUGCUCUUGGGUCUCCUGCGUUCACACUUACUGAGCAAACCCCAGAGGGCCAGACAUGGAUGCAAAAGGGACAGGUCUCGGAGGAAACAAAUGACGACUCGAGUAUGCUGAUUGCGGACAAAUUUCUGUAUAAAGAAGACAGCAAAGUGGUGAAUCUUCUCAAAGAAGUACAGAAGAGUGAGUGGGGUCGAGCCGCCAGGCGUAGGCUUUCCGAGGACACGGACACUUUUCAUCUCAACUAUAAACGAAAAAAACCACCCGGUUUACCAGAGCUACAGCGAUGA